GCGGCUGUCCCGCCGUUCCGGUUGCUUGGUGAUGGCGAAGCCGUGUCUGGUGUCCGGUCUGUUCCCACUAACUGGCUGUAACCCGAGUCGGGUGAGACAUGACUGAAGACGCGUCCCUGGGAAGCGCUGGGACUCCGCGGCCUCCUGUGCAGCCGUAGAGCGGCAAUGGAGCGCUACGUGGUGGUGAGGACGGUGGGGAGAGGCAGCUACGGAGAGGUGCAGCUGGUGAGGCACGGCAGGGACGUGAGGCAGUAUGUUGUAAAGAAGCUGAAUCUGAGAAGUGUUUCCAGCCGCGAGCGCAAGGCAGCAGAACAAGAAGCCCAGCUUCUAUCCCAGCUUCGACAUCCCAACAUUGUUACCUACAGGGAGUCAUGGGAAGGGGAUGAUGGACUUUUAUACAUCGUGAUGGGUUACUGUGAAGGUGGAGACUUGUAUCACAAGUUGAAGGAACAGAAGGGCAAAUUGCUUCCAGAAAGUCAAAGUGAAUGGUUUGUCCAGAUUGCCAUGGCAUUACAGUAUUUACAUGAAAAACAGAUCCUGCACAGAGAUCUUAAAACUCAAAAUAUCUUCUUAACAAAAACAAACAUCAUAAAAGUUGGAGACCUGGGCAUAGCCAGAGUGUUGGAGCACCAGCAUGAUAUGGCCAGUACUUUGAUUGGAACGCCGUAUUAUAUGAGCCCUGAACUCUUCUGUAAUAAACCUUACAACCAUAAGUCUGAUGUUUGGGCCCUUGGUUGUUGUGCAUUUGAAAUGGCAACAUUGAAACGCUUUAAUGCCAAGGACAUGAAUUCAUUGGUUUUCAAGAUUAUUGAAGGAAAGCUGCCACCUAUACCAAAGGAAUACAGUCAACAGCUGGGCCAACUGAUAAGUAGUAUGUUGAGCAGAAGACCUGAGGAGCGACCAGAUGUUAAAGCCAUUCUCAGGAAGUCAUACAUAAAGAGCCACAUUGCCUUGUUCUUGGAAGCCACAAAAGCGAAAGCUAUAAAAACAUGCAAGAAGGCAGCUGUCCCUAUUUUGACAAAGUGUGAAUCUAGGAUCACUUUGCAGGACCUGGAUCCCACCCGGAAGUUUAUAAAGAAGGAAGAAAAAGAAUCCAAGAAAAGCAAACCAAAUUAUGUCAGCUACAACAAUCAACCAGAAGAUCACUCUUCAAAUAUUUCCCACCAAGCUUUGAACAGCUCUAGUGACUCUUUAGCUACAAUAAGCAAGGUACACAUUGAUGAUGUAGUAGGAUCUGAAAGAAGAAACUCCAAUCCUGACAAAAUGAUGUUUGAUGAACCUGUACCACAUUUAAAAAACUGCCGUAAUGAGGAACCCAAGGAAGUUGUUGGCAGUGCUCAGACUGAUAAUAGUGGACUAUGCAAUGGUGUAAUGGUGGAAGGAAAAGUUGAGAAGUCUCAUAAUCAGAUCUUGGAUGAAAUUUUGGACGGAAAGGAUGACACCUUUAAACUGCUUCAGCCUAUUUUUAAGGAAGAACACUCACCUGAGGUGCAGGUGAAUUUUGAUUCUACAGAAAAACUUCUGCAGCCAUUUGAAGCAGUUAAAAUAACAGAAAACUCAUCAGAGAAUGUCAAGAAACAAAUUGAAGAAGAUCCUAUGCCUUUCCCACCACAUAGUUCCUCAUCUGAGCCCUCAGUUUCACGGCAGUACAGGCAGAAGAACAAUGAACUCCAGAGGAAGAUGGAAAAGGGAAAAGCUACAGCCCCAAGGCAAUUGCCUUCUCCGCCAUGUAAUAUAACUGAAGUUCAUGAAAAGAAGCAGCACGACAACUCUGGUAAAAGUUUCAGCAGAGCUUCCGACCGUCCAUUAUCUGCUAGAGAACGAAGGAGAUUAAAACAAUCUCGAGAAGAGUUUUCUUAUUCAGAGUCCACAUCAAGAAGAAACUCGCAUUGUGUAGCUUUAGAACCAAACUCUUGCGAAGAGAACCAAAAUGUGAAAGUUAACCGAUCAUUAUCAGAUGUCGCUAUCCAUCGGGGAAAGAACAUGAGUGAGUUAUCCCAUCACCUUUCAGAUGAUGAUGAGUAUAGCUCUUCAACCAGCUCAACUGACAGAUCAGAGGGGGACUGCAAAGAUGUGAAACCUGAUUCCAGUGAAAUGCAUGAUCUCGUAAAAUUGAUGACUCAAACAUUAAAGAUGGAUGCAAAAGAUGCCAACAAAGAAAAUCCCUUGCCUACUCCAACACCAGAAUUCAAACUGCCGAAAUAUAGAGACACCCUGAUCCUUCACGGGAAAGCUAAAGAAGAACCAGAGGAUUUCUGUUUCAACGAUUUUCCAGCAGAAGUUGCAUCUGUACCAGCAAAGAUUAAAGACAGUGAAGCAUUAAGAAUAGAUGUUCUAAAAGGAUUAGGAGUGAAGCUUUUAGAAAAAGAUGUAAAUAUUAUGGAAGAUGAUAAUGAAGCCAGGAGAGAGGAAAGUCUGCAGGAACAAAUGGGUGAAGAAUUGUACCAGAAUUACAGUAUGAAGGUCCAGCAGCUAAAGUUCUUUGAAGACAAUUCAAAUUUUUGACUGAGCAAUAUCCAAAACAAUUGAAUGGGUUAGUUUAAUAUAAGUGCCUAUUUACAGACACUGAUAUCUUAAAGUUUGGCUAUCACAGGGCGGAAAGCCCAGAUAUCUGAAUGUGUAACAGCAAAUCCCGGAUUUCUUUUAACUUUGCUCCAUGCAAUUGAUGACAAAGAAAUUACACAAUGGAUUAUGAAGCAAUGGACAAAUGUGCCCAGCCAAAAUGACUUUCAGUUUUGAAUUAAACUGACUGUUGUAUCAUAUCUUCUCUAUCAACUAAUUGUUAUUGGUGAAAUAUUAGAUGAACAGUUAAACAAGCAUUAACUGGUAUUAUUGAUAUGCAGUUUUUGACAUUUAGUAUAUUUUAGGUAAGCAGUACCUAUCAUGGAGUUUACUACACUUUUAGCCUUGAUGUCUUAAAUGAAUGUGAUUUAUGGGUCCAAGUAUGUUGUACAUUGAUGUGCUAAUUUUUCAUUGGUCUGUUGAAACCAUUACCUAUUGUUGAUGAAUGUCGGGGUAUAACCAGACCAUUGAACGUUCUACUGUGUGAUUUAAGAAAACUUGUUUCAACAACUCCAAAAGGACUUUUGUUUUCCUGCUGUUUUUUUAAUGGUUUUAUAUUCCUACAGUUUGCUCCCUUAAUUUGCUCUUUGCCCUUUGCUUUAAAAUUUCUACUGGGGUAGUUUCAGCCCUCCGUUGGUUCACAAUAGUGUCCAGGUCUUGGUGUCCCUAGGCAAUGAACAGCAGAGGGGGCCCCAUAUUGCACAGACUUACUUUUGUUAAGGUCACUAGUAGAAAUCAUAACUGAAUAUUUCCUUUUCCUAUCCUGAAGGAAGGAAGCUACUUUUAGUGCUUUUGACACUGAAAUGAGUUAACUUGGCAGCCUGGUUUCAACAUUGCACAUUCAGUACCUGACCAAGCAGAGUAUGCACAUACAGCAAUUGGAGAAACAAUUUUCACUAGAACUCCUGUAAUAAUGUAAGUCUACCUUAUAAUGAGCUUGAUUUGCUCAAAGUAAACCAAAAUGUCACUGUAUCUCUGCAUAUAUUGCCUUGACAACAAUCAUAUGAACAUUAUGUAUUCAAGAACUCAGAAAAGGAAGUGGAGAAAAAGAAACCAUCUCAACAAGAGUUUCAAUUCCAAUCAAACCAAUGCCACACCUAAAAAAUGUGAUGUGUGCAUUUGUAUUGUAUUAUUUAACAAAUAAACAUUAAUUGAUCUUUUACAAAAUUAUAGAUAAUUUGUAAAUAAAUUCUUGGUGGGAUUUGUUCUUUGCACUAAACUUCAUCUCAACAGUCAAAAUAGAUAUAAAAUUUGUAAAUUUUUCUCAUACAUAUUGCAACAUUUUUAUUGCAAUAUGUAUGAGAAAACUAAAAAUACAAUGUACACUAUUCAAAGUAAAUGAAAAUUUCAUCUGUGGAUUUUAUGCAAACUAAUGUUCCCCAUUUUGCUUGUCUCUUCUCCAGUUAGGAUCUCUUACAGUUAUAGUUCAGUGAUUUAACAAUGGAACAAAUGGGCAAUAGAGUGUAAUAGUGUGCAUAUAAAAAAAGUUCAAAUUUUCUGUUUCAAAUUAUCAUUUACCUAAAAGUAGGCCUAGCAGAAUAUGAUUUUUUUAUUUUUUUUUAAAUUUUGACAGACAAAAAUUGAGGCUCUGAGGCAUUAGUUUAGGCAUCUAUUUUGAUUUUUAUAAAUUUGAAUAUUCAGGAGUGCACAAAGGAGUGGGGAUAAAGACCCUAUCAAUGACAGUACACCAUUAAAAGCAUUAUUAUCAUCUGUCAAAAUAUAAAACUUUAAAAGCAUAUGGUGGACUGACUAAGAAGUGAUACUGAUAUCUGGAGUUGCCUUACAAUAUUUGUAUUUGGACAGGAUAAGAUCACUGAUUUAAUUUUGAAAUGUAAUUGAGUUAUACAAAACAUUUAUCAUUUUAGAUUUGCAUCUUUGUUUUGUGCUUAGGAGUAUAUUACAUUGUCACUGGUUAUAUUGUGUCAAUCACCAUAGCUCUCAUAUUAUUACAUUGUUUGAAGAUCUCUUGUUUUAUGAAUCAAGGUAAAAUGGAAGAUAUUUUAUACAGAUAUCUAUACAUUUUAUAUUUCUUGUACUAAAUCAGGAGCCUAUAAAGAUGAACAUUGGAUAGUUUAAGAAGACUGUAUGUUCGAUAUAAACAACAGUGAUAUAUUUGUGUUUUUUAAGAAGCUAUUGCUUUUUGCUCGUCUGUCAGAGUCCAUCAAGUUAAAAGUGUAAGAGCAUUCUCUUAACUGCAUUGAUUAUAUAAA